AUGACGCCCGGUUUCGAGCUUCUUGCCAUGCUGCCUUGUCUAAGAGGGUGGCGUGAUGGUGACGUGAUUUUGAUUCCAAUCAUAAGGCCCUAUCCGCUUGAUACUGACGGUACCCAAGCGCCUUCCUGCCAAUGUGGUGGAGGGUGUCCCGGUCAUAAUGGUGGUGUCAAUGUUAGCGAGAGUGCUAGGAGUGCCCUAAAAGUUCCAAUAAAUUCCAAUGCUAAGAACAGUGCUAACGGUUUUGAAAAUGCUAGUGCUAUUCAUGGGGUGAGGAAUACUAAUAAUGAUGACAAUGAUAAUAAUGACAAUGAUAAUAAUGACAAUGAUAAUAAACAUGAUAGCAACGACAAUGCUAAUGGCAAUGACGACACGCUGGCGAGGAUCUGCCAAUACAGUGCUAAUCCUAAGAACGGUGGUGGUGGUGCUGAAGUUGGUGAGGCCAAUUGUAUUGAUAUUAUUGAUAAUAAUGAUAAUAAUGACAAUAAUGAUAAUAACAAUAAUAAUGACAACGACAAUGCAAAUGGCAAUGACGGUAUCAUUGCUUGCAAAACACAGAAUAGACACGCUGGCGAGGAUCUGCCAAUAACAGUGCCGAUGCUCAUAACAGUGCAGAUGCUCAUAACAGUGCAGAUGCUUAUGACAGUGCUAGUGGUGUUGGGGUUGUUGAGGCCUACUUAG